ACGGGGAGAGUCGCGAACCGCAAGUUCUGGCCUGAGCUGGAAGGCCUGGGGUCUGAGACUGGAAGAUUUUGUGGCAAUGUUGCGUUGCUGCUCCCGGCGCCUUGGCUGUCUGCGCGUCGCACACCAGUUCCUGGCUCACACUGACAACCGGAAUAUCACCUUCUGCAUCGAUCCUUCCUUGGGGCUAAAUGAAGAACAGAAAGGAUUUCAGAAAGUGGCCUUCGACUUUGCUGCUCGGGAAAUGGCUCCCAAUAUGGCGGAGUGGGAUCAGAAGGAGCUGUUCCCUGUGGAUGUGAUGCGGAAGGCUGCACAGCUGGGAUUUGGGGGGAUCUACGUACGAACAGAUGUGGGUGGAUCUGGAUUGUCUCGCCUUGAUACUUCUGUCAUCUUUGAAGCCUUGGCCACAGGCUGCACCAGCACCACUGCCUAUAUAAGCAUCCACAACAUGUGUGCCUGGAUGAUUGAUAGCUUUGGAAAUGAGGAACAGAGGCACAAAUUUUGCCCACCGCUCUGUACCAUGGAGAAGUUUGCCUCCUACUGCCUCACUGAACCAGGCAGUGGGAGUGAUGCUGCAUCUCUUCUGACCUCAGCUAGACGACAAGGAGAUCAUUACAUCCUCAAUGGUUCCAAGGCCUUCAUCAGUGGGGGAGGUGAGUCAGACAUCUACGUGGUCAUGUGCCGAACUGGUGGAUCAGGCCCCAAAGGUAUCUCCUGCAUAGUUGUUGAGAAAGGAACCCCUGGCCUCAGCUUUGGGAAGAAGGAGAAGAAGGUGGGGUGGAACUCACAGCCAACCCGAGCAGUGAUCUUUGAAGACUGUGCUGUCCCUGUGGCCAACAGGAUUGGGACCGAGGGGCAGGGCUUUCUCAUUGCCAUGAAAGGACUGAAUGGUGGAAGAAUCAAUGUUGCAUCCUGUUCUCUGGGAGCUGCUCAUGCUUCAGUUAUCCUUACCCAAGAGCACCUCAAGGUCCGGAAGCAGUUUGGAGCACCUCUAGCCAAAAGCCAGUACCUGCAAUUCCAGUUGGCAGACAUGGCCACCAAGCUGGUUGCCUCCCGGCUGAUGAUCCGUACUGCAGCAGUGGCUUUGCAGGAAGAGAGGGAAGAGGCAGUGGCCCUGUGUUCCAUGGCCAAGCUCUUUGCUACAGAGGAGUGCUUUACUCAGAUCUGCAACCAGGCUUUGCAGAUGCAUGGGGGCUAUGGCUACCUGAAGGACUAUGCUGUUCAACAGUAUAUGCGGGACUCCAGGGUCCACCAAAUCCUGGAAGGUAGCAAUGAAGUGAUGAGAAUGCUGAUCUCUCGAAGCCUGCUUCAGGACUAGCUCCCAAACUGGAGAGCCUCACCUAGAGCUCCAUGGGCAGCUAUAAUUAUGAAGUAGACUAAAGGGCUGAGCUCUUCUAAAGAGACCCUGAGCUGUCAGCUGGCAAAGCUGGCUCUGAGACAAGAACAGAGUUCUUAGCCGAGCUAGAAGGGCUGCUCCGAGGAGCCAUGCCAAAAGAAGACCUGCACACUGCCUUCCUCAUUCUGGAAAGACAAACAGUCAAAGCUGUGGCUUGGAUCCACACUAUGUGCAUUUGUUGAUUCUUGUCCUUAGGGUCUGGGUACUUCAAUGAAGCUUUUCCUGAUUGUAGAGGUAAAGUCUAGGGAGGCAAGGGCAGUGGACAGGCCUGUCCCUUUCUGGUCUCUGUUAUGCACUAGAUUAUCUCAGGACAGUACUCCUGAACUCAAAUCAUGAUGAAAUAAAUAUUUGGGAACCUACUGCUAAGCAGUGAAUUAGGGUGCAACCUUUAACUCCUGUAACCAUGAAAUAAAUGUCAAGGGCUAAGAUUAUUUUGGAAUAUUUGGAUUUUUAUGUGGGAUUUAUUUCCUCUGAGGGUUCCUUCUCUUUUUAAGUACAUUAGUCCCUUGAUAAGCAAAAUCUGUCUUUACUGUCUCCUUUUUGCCUUAAAACUAUAUUUGAGAUUUUAUAUUUGAUUAAGUAUUUAAUUGGGUUUUGGAAUAAUUAGGAAUUUCUCCUAAGGCAGUUUGUCUUUUAAAAAGUACAUCCUUUUAUUAAUAAUUUUGUAAACAAAGCAUUUGUCACGGGUGAACAUCUUAAGUAUUAUUCAAUGAUUAGGGCUUUGGGGAAAACAGUAUUACUGAUGAUUAUUUAAUUAGUCUUUUGAUGUUUAGAAAAAAAAUUUGUGAGGCAUUUUGUUAACCACAAGUCAGUGAUUGUAGAAAAUGGUCUAUAUCUGUAGUUAUCACAGACAUUUUCCUUGGAAUUGUCUUUGGGAGCAAAGUAUGCUUCAAUGUUGAAAAUGGGAUUAGCAAACUUGAAGUAAUGUGGGGUCACAGUAUCAGGACAAGACAGACUAGCCUUGCAAAAAUGGGAAGGUUUACUGAGAAGGUAAAAAUUUAGAUAAAACUUCUAUGAAAAUGCCUAAUACUUAAAGGGAAAUUAGUUUACAGAAGUCAAGGGAGGGAGUACAGGAUUUGUAUUGGGAGAUGUUGACAUAUGUGGUCAUUGUGGUUUGACAUUGGCAUGAAACAGGAAAUACAGUUUUUUUUUAUGUG